CAGCGGCAGGAGCGAGUCCCGGCGCCGCCUCGGGCUCCGCUCAGCUCCGGGGCUGCUCCGGGAGGAGGAGAGCGAGACAAGGCGCGGCGAGCCUUCAGGGCCCGCCGGCCGGGCGCAUGGCUUAGGGACGCCCCCUCCCGCCGCGCCCCCAGCAUGGGGAAACUUCACUCCAAGCCGGCCGCCGUGUGCAAGCGUAGGGAGAGCCCGGAAGGUGACAGCUUCGCUGUGAGCGCCGCCUGGGCUCGGAAAGGCAUCGAGGAGUGGAUUGGGAGGCAGCGCUGCCCGGGUGGCAGCUCGGGACCCCGACAACUGCGGGCGGCGGGCACCGUUGGCAGAGGAACUCGGGAGCUUGUGGGUGAAGUUUUCAGAGAAACGCUCAGCGAGGAGGAAGAGGAAGACUUUCGGCUAGAAGUGGCCCUGCCUCCUGAGAAGACAGACGGACUGGCCAGCGGAGAUGAGAAGAGGAUGGAGAAGUCAGGCGAGCCCUGCCCGGGCUCCAAGAAACAGCUGAAAUUCGAAGAGUUGCAGUGUGACGUGUCUGUGGAGGAGGACAGCCGGCAGGAGUGGACCUUCACCCUGUAUGACUUUGACAACAACGGCAAGGUCACCCGAGAGGACAUCACCAGCCUGCUGCACACCAUCUACGAGGUGGUCGAUUCCUCCGUCAACCACUCCCCAACGUCGAGCAAGACGCUGCGGGUCAAGCUCACGGUGGCCCCUGAUGGGAGCCAGAGCAAGAAGAGCAUCGUCCUCAAUCACCCCGAUCUGCAGAGUGCCAGGCCCAGAGCUGAGACCAAGCCUGCCGAGGAGCUGCGAAGCUGGGAGAAGAAGCAGCGGGCCCUCCUCAGGUUCCAGGGUGACAGCCAUCUGGAGCAGUCCGGCUGCCACCACCAUUGCGUGGAUGAGAACAUUGAGAGGAGAAACCACUACUUAGAUCUCGCCGGGAUAGAAAACUACACGUCCCAGUUUGGGCCUGGCUCCCCGUCAGUGGCCCAGAAGUCAGAACUGCCCCCUCGCGCCUCCAACCCUACUCGAUCUCGCUCCCAUGAGCCGGAAGCCAUCCACGUCCCACACCGCAAGCCCCCGGGCGCGGACCCCGGCUCCUUCCACUUUCUUGACGCCCCCUUCGCCAAGGCCUCGGAGGUCCAGCAGCGGCUCCGGGGAGGCACCCAGGACGGGAGCAAGCACUUUGUGAGGUCCCCCAAGGCCCAGGGCAAGAGCGUGGGUGUGGGCCACGUGGCCAGAGGGGCGCGCAGCAAGCCCCCCGGGGGACCCGCGGUCCCUGCGGUGGCCCCCUCGGCCCACCUGGCCGCCAGCCCGGCCCUCCUCCCCACCCUGGCGCCCCUCGGGCACCGGAAGCACAAGAACCGCGCCAAGGAGAGCCAGCAAGGGUGCCGGGGCCUGCAGGCGCCGCUGGCCGUGGGUGGCACCGUCGUGGGGCGGGACCACCUGAGGGAGCUGCCCGCCGUGGUGGUGUACGAGAGCCAGGCCGGCCAGGCGGUCCAGAGACACGAACAUCACCACCACCACGAACACCAUCACCAUUACCAUCACUUCUACCAGACAUAGAGACAUAGAGCCCCGCCCCCCGCCCCGCCCCCACCAUAUGAAGGACCCCCUCCCCCAGGCCCCCAAGGCAUUAUUAUUCUAUUAAUUAUUGUUAUUAUGACGAUUAUUGUUUAUUAAUAAUUAUUGUUACUCCACUAAUAUUCAGCUAGCCUCCAUGUAGAAGAUAUAUGGAAACACAGAACUAAACUUUUAUUUAUAUGUUGUGGGGACUGCAUAACUUACCCAAGAAGUGACUGUGGGUUUGGAAGUGGCCUGCAGUGGCAGAGGCUUCCUGGGGCUCCGGAGUUGCCAGUGUCCACGCGGGGCCAUCCCACACCCUUCCCUUCCCCCACCCCACACCCCCAGCCCCACCCCCACCCCCGGAGCCCUUGGCCAGAAUCCUGCCCCACUCCAGAACACCCUUACCUGGCCGGGCUUCCAGAGACCCUCGAAAUCUCCGAGAAGAUAAACAGCUGCUACCUCUUAGUAUGAUUCUGAUUUUAUUUUGCCCUUAACUGAUUGUAAUGUGCUACAAGGGAUUUCAGCGGACUGCGCGACCUUCCCGGCUGUUGUGUUUUGAUGUCCCAACCUAGACACCUUAGCUGUCCUUUCUGGAGUUAACCUUUCACACCUUUCCAGUGGGAUCACGCCCCCUGCCCCAAACCAGCCCCAUCUUUCCUGCCUUGUGCAACAUGAAAAUACAUUUCUCCCUUUUCUCUCCUCCUCCUCUCUUCUUUAGAAAGAUACACACACAUAUUUAAAGACUGGCCCUGAAACCAGCCUUCUCACUUUGGAAACCUCUGGAGAGGGAACUAACCACAUAAACAAGUGUGGUUUUCCAAGAUCAGGCAAUUGUGUGUUGUUGGUUGUGAAUGAAGAUGUGGAAACCAUGUCUUGCCAUUGGCAAAUAUAUACAUACUUACGUGAUUCUCUAACAGAGCUUCCUGUAUCUGUAGAUAGAUGCCAUCUGUCCAUUUCUAUGUAUCUUUCUAUAAAUAUACACUCUCAGGUACCUUUUCUGGUGUGCAGAAAUUGGUGCUUUGCUUCUCAAGACACAUCCAAAGUCCAGAAGUGACCCUGUGUCUGCCUCCCUUUGAGGCUGCUGUUCAUUAAAGGCCACUUGCCUCUCAUCAGGGGGUCCUGUCUCAAGGUUUAGGAUCUGAUAGGUUUUGGAGAGGACUGUGGGAUUAUGGAAGUGUGGAGGGAAAUGGGAACAGUGGCCAGAGCUGGGACCCUGGAGCAGUGUCCUCUGUAGAAAAGAAUUUUGAUCGCGACCCGGGGAGGCCAGGAAAAGGACCCCUGUCAACUAGUGAGGGACCCUGUGAAAACCGGUGACACACACAUUUUAAUUGGAUAAUGGAGUGAGUUUAAUCUGAAGGAGGGCAUGGCAACCCACUCCAGUAUUCUUGCCUGGAGAAUCCCAUGGACAGAGGAUUCUGGCAGGCUACAGUCCAUGGGAUCGCAAAGAGUCAGACAUGACUGAAGCGACCGAUCAUGAGCACGUGAGCUUGAUAAAGGGAAUGUCUACAUAGUGUGGGAAAGCCUCUUCAAAGAGUAAAAGACCCUAUGCUCGCACUCUGGAUGCCACUCCAACCCCUGGAGUGGAGGGCCUGGGGGUGGGGGUGGGGUCAUCGUCAGCAGACAGAGGGGUGGGGGCACCUGAAGGAGCCAUGGCUUUUUCUGGAAGGAUGCAGCCAGCCUGUGGGAACCCUCCAGGGAAAUGACUUCUGGACCUUUCUCUCCUGUCCUCCUGUGUCCUGCUGAGGCCUUCUCGGUGGAAGCCAUCAGGAACCAGAGAGAGCGAGGGAGUUACUGAUGGGGGUCACAUGGGCAUUCUUCCAGGAAAGAGCAGAGUGGAGGGUGAAUCUGGAGGGACACAGGAGGAAAAAGUGGCUCCAGCUGCCUGCCUUUCUACUCCAGCAGAGACCCCCCUUUCCAGAGCCUCUGGUGUUGGUUUACUGGUGUUGGUAGGGAGUAAUUGUUGAAGAUAGUGUGCGGAGUUGUUGUCACCGUACUGAUUUCAUUACUUACUGGCAUACCUGGAACUGGAUUAGUAUAGUUAAUCCUUGAGACAACCGUGAGUUUUGAGGCGGCCAGGAGAAGCUCAGGGAGCACAGCAGGCUCAGAGAGGUUGAGUAACUCUCUGGAGAACACACAGCAAGUGGCAGAGGCGGGAUUCUAGUCUUUCUCAGGACCCCUUAACCAGUGGAUCUGGGUUUCUCGUGUCUGGGGCUGUGGGCUGCUGUCAGGCAGGAACCAACUCAAACUGAUAGGAAUGUAACCAAACCAGGGAAGGCAGGGAGGGAGCUGGCUUUGAGAUGACUGGAUGUGAAUGCAGCUGAGACUCCCUGGUUCUUCUUGCUCCCUUUCUGGAUGUAUACUUCUACUGACAUGCUUUGCCACAGGGUGGGUGCUCUUGGCACUCUGGGCGGCACAACCCGAUGGAAAAAGAUUUUCCACUAGGAAUCCCAGGGAGGGAUUCUGAUUGGCUGGGUUUGGAUCCGGUACCCACCCCUGGACCAAUCACUGUGGCCCACCUGGAGUCAUAUGUCUAACCUGUGGAGGGGGGCGGGGUCUGUGCCAGAAGAAGGAAGAAGAGGGAUACUGAGCAGACGGAGCGGAUCACACCCCAGGCCCAGAAUUGCUGCAGCCAUGGAAACGAGCCAGGCGCUGGGUCCACGCAGGGAGGCUCUCUGUGGCCUGGUGCGCUUAGAGUGUCUCCUCAGCCUCUGAGAGGAGGUCCGUGCCGUCUCCCCCAGCCCCACACCUGUCAGGGUUCUAUUAUUUCUUGGUACCUGGAAUUUACCUAACUUCAAAAAAAACACAACAGUAAUGUGCACAUGUAGAAUAUUCAACCAGUACACAACAGUGCACAUGAAGAAGCACACAGCCCUCUGACUUCCCGGAUCCCAGCUUCCUGGUGCCUUUUGAGUGUGACCUGGUGGUGUGAGCACAGAUGUUGGUGCCCAGCUGCCUGGGUUCAAAUCCCGACUCCCUGCCUUAGUAGUUAUGUGUGUUUCUCAAGCCUCAGCUUCCCAUUUAUGAAGGGGAAAUCAUAAGAGACCUACCCCACAGAUUUAUUGUGAGAAUUCAUCGAUUUAAAACAGCUCCUGGCCCACAGGAACACUAUGAAAGUGUCACUGACAGUUUUUAUAAAAAUAAAUACAUUUAAAUGAGA